GGUUCGUAAAUGUUCUAGAUGCUUCGUGUCAAAAUAGGAAAGAGCAAGAACGUACUAGAAGUAUCUUUCAGCAGAGACCAUUUUCCCCAAUUUAAAUAAGCCUUUUCGUCGAGGAUUUUUAGCACUCUUGAUGAUCCAGUAAGCUGCAAACAAUCUUGAAAAUGAGCUCUGUUGUGGAUGUAGUGAGCCAACUUCUCUUUCCAGAAUCCAUUGAGAGGCUUGUGAGUCCUUCUAGGUCAAAUGAGAGUAGGGGUACCAUUCCCGUGGACAUUCUGGAUACCCCAAAAGAGUACAUUUUUUAUAUGGAUGUUCCUGGUUUAUCCAAAUCUGACAUACAGGUGAGUGUGGAAGAUGAGAAGACGCUGGUGAUACGAAGCAACGGGAAGAGGAAGCGCGAGGAGAGUGAAGAAGAGGGAUGCAAGUACGUGAGGUUGGAGAGGAAUCCACCCCUCAAACUGAUGAGGAAGUUCAAGCUGCCCGAUUACUGCAAUGUUUCUGCUAUUACUGCCAAAUGCGAGAAUGGGGUGUUAACUGUUGUAGUUGAAAAGAUGCCUCCACCAUCUAAGGCGAAGACUGUUAAAGUUGCAGUUUCAUGAAUUAAAUUAUCAUAAAUCUACAUCUCUCUUACUUCAGCUUUUAUAUAUUAUUAAUUAUAAACGGCAAUUUUAGUCCCUGGCUAAUUUUUUAUUUUAA